UUUGGUGAGGUGAUCUACACGCCUCUUCCAUUUGCCUUUUAUAUUCAACCUUUUUUUGUUUCAUUUCUUGCAGGGUGGGCGCUCAGAGAAGGGAAACAAAUGGGCGAAGAACAAUGCAAAGAUAAGAAAAUCAAUGAAGCGAAGUACCACAAGAGCUACUUCGACGUGCUAGGCAUCUGCUGCACAUCCGAAAUCCCUUUGAUCGAGAAGAUUCUGAAGCCUCUUAAUGGAGUCAAGAAGGUUCAAGUAGUUGUUCCAACCAAGACUGUGAUAGUAGUUCAUGACAGCAGCCUCAUCUCACAGCAGGACAUACUUACGGCUCUGAACAAGGCAAGGCUUGAAGCUUCCAUACAUGCAUAUGCAUCUGCAAUUAACGUUGCCAAGAAAUGGCCAAGUCCUUACAUUUUAGCUUGUGGAUUGCUACUGCUGCUCUCACUCUUCAGGCACUUUUUCCACCCUCUGAGAUGGUUUGCAGUAGCAGCUGUUUCGAUCGGCAUUUUGCCAAUUGCUUUGAGAGGCAUUGCGGCUCUUCUACGGCUUACUCUGGACAUCAACAUCCUUAUGCUAAUUGCAGUUGCCGGCGCAAUUGCGCUCAGGGACUACUCAGAAGCAGCCUUCAUCGUGUUCCUCUUCACAGUUGCAGAAUGGCUGGAAACGAGGGCCAGUCACAAGGCUACAGCUGGGAUGUCAUCACUGAUGAGCUUGACUCCUCAGAAAGCUGUCCUAUCUGAAACGGGUCAAGUUGUCCAUGUCGACGAUGUCAAGAUCGAUACUGUCAUUGCUGUCAAAGCUGGAGAAGUAAUCCCAAUAGAUGGGAUUGUAGUUGACGGACACUCUGAAGUUGAUGAGAGGAGUCUCACCGGAGAGUCCUUUCCGGUAGCCAAGCAUGCGGACUCACCGGUCUUUGCCGCAACGCUCAAUAUGGAUGGUUAUAUCAGUGUUCGGACAACCGCUCUCGCGGAGAAUUCUGCAGUUGCUAAAAUGACAAGAUUGGUCGAAGAAGCACAGAACAGCAGAUCGAGCACGCAGAGGUUGAUAGAUUCUUGCACGAAGUACUACACACCGGCCGUGGUAAUCGUAGCUGCAGUGAUCUCAUCCAUUCCUUUGAUAACAGAGGUUAAACAUCCCAGAAGCUGGUUUCAAUUGGCGCUAGUCCUUCUCGUGAGUGCGUGCCCGUGUGCACUAGUGAUGUCGACGCCUGUGGCAACUUUCUGUGCACUUCUGAAAGCAGCAAGACUAGGGCUUCUCAUAAAAGGUGGAGAUGUUCUUGAAUCCCUGGCCAAGAUAAAAACCGUGGCAUUUGACAAGACGGGAACCAUAACAAGAGGAGAAUUCACCAUUGUUGAGUUCCAAUCUACAAGCAGUGAGGUCGCCCGCAAUACACUUCUUUACUAGGUUUCAAGUAUUGAGAGUAAAUCAAGCCAUCCAAUGGCUGCUGCGUUUGUUGAACAUGCUAGGUCAUGCUCCAUCGAACCUAAACCAGAUUCUAUAAAAGAGUUCAUCGUCUACCCUGGAGAGGGAAUUUAUGGGGAAAU